AUGAUUACCUCUCAAGGUUCAAUUCCUGAAGUUAAAGAAGAUAUACCAGGUGCUUCAAUUGAUGAAAGAUCACACCGCUUGAAAACAUUUGUUGAUCUUGGUCCACCAGAUCUAGUCGCAUUGACCAAACAAGUCCCAAAUUCAAAAUCACCUGAAAUCGGUACAUAUUUAUAUUAUACAGGUCUAGAAAACACAAGUACUUCUUCAGUGGCUGCCCAUUUGAAUUCAUUGGCCAAUGUUAUCGGAUCAUCCCCACAACAUUGGUUUGGUAAAUCAAAACCAUGGAAAGUUACAAAAGCUGUCUAUGUUUCAUAUAACGCUUUUUCAAGAGUUGACGUUGUUGUCACAGCACAUAUACCAGGUGCUGUUAGCUCCUAUGUCAUUGAUGGGUAUAGAGAAAGAAUUCAAGAAAAUGAUAGAAUAUGGUUAGAAACAUUCGCAAGUGGUAUAAUUAGAUCUUUAUUAACUAGUGAAGAAGAUGAAGAGCAAGUCAAUGCAGUUGUUGAAUCAAGAAAUUUAAAUCCUUUCCAAAAUGUUGAAACUGCCAAACAAUUUUUUGUGGCCUUUGAAGAAUUAUUUGAACAAGGUCCAGAUGUAGGUUCAGCUCCUGAGAUCCAAACACCAACAAUUAUUUCUAACUAUUUAGUUGACGCAUUCUUGAAGGCUGUUGAACUUACCGGUCUUUACGAUGAUGCAUUGAGUAUUCUCGAAAGAUUAAGAGAAAAGGAAGAGUUAGUUGUUAGUCUGAUUGUCAAAGUCUUACUUUUGAAAGACGAAGAAAUCAAAGCUGUUAAAUUAUUACAUGAAGGUAUCAAGAGAAACCCAAGAGAUGCAAAUCUAUUGACUAUUCAAUCUCAAUUUUUGCUAGAGAAAAAUAGAUUAGAUCUUGCUUUACCAUCUGCAGUCCAAGCUGUUAACUCUGCUCCAUCAGAAUUCAACCCAUGGGCAAAUUUAGCUAAGGUUUAUCUGGAAUCAGGAAAUGUUGAGCAAGCUUUAUUGGCUUUAAACUCAUGCCCAAUGGCUGCUUAUAAAGAAAAAUUCCACCUGAAGAGAAUAAUUCCAACAACCGCUGAGAAGCUGCACUUACCAUUACCAGUUGAUGUUACCUUAGAUGAUGUUUCAAGCCUGGAUUCUGCUCGUGUCGCCCAAGAACAUAACUCUGUUGACCAGGCUUUAGUCAAUCUUCAAGCUGCCAAUCUAAAAUCAACAUUUGCCAAAGCUUAUGAUAUUUUGACCGAAAUUGUUCAUAGAACAGGCUGGGAAUCACUAUUGAAAUAUAGAGCUAAAAUAUUUGUUAUGGAAGAAGAAUAUAGAUCUAAAUCUUCAUCACAAACCAACGUUUUAGAAACUGCUGCUAACGGCAAAGCAACUGAUGGUGAAAAUAGUUUCAAAAAGAAAAGAUUAUGUGAGAGAUGGUUGGAUAACCUAUUCAUGUUGUUAUAUGAUGACUUAAGAACAUACACAAUGUGGCAAGCAGAAAUGAUACAUUUCCAAGCUCAAAAGACACAAUAUGAAAAAUUACCAGUUGAAUGGGAACUUUUGGGUAUGGUAGCUUUUAGAUUACAUCACUACAAAGAAGCUGCUAAUGCUUUCCAAAGAGCAUUGGAAAUUAGAUUUGCACCAACAUCAACUAGAAACUUACUUAAAUAUUAUCAACUUGAAAUUAAAAAUUUGAAACAGAAAGCUGAUAAGUCACACCAACUCAAUGGACAUAAUAACAAAUCAACAACUUCAUUGGAUCAUGGAAAUCUAUCACCUCAACAAUUAUCCAAAAAAAUUGCUAAAUUAGAUGAAAAUAUAUUAGAUACAGUUGUUAGAUUAUCGGCUUGGAACCAUAGAUGGUACUGUGAAUUUGCUCCAUAUUUAUUAACAGCUUUAGCUAAAGUUAUUGGAAGAGAAGGUCUUGUCAAGAUACAGAAUGAAGUUAGAGCAAAUUAUCCAGAUACGGGAGUUAAUGAAUUAUUAGAUGAUUCAUUUGAAUUCUUUAGGCACUUUGAAGUGUUUGGAUCAGAAACAUAG